CUAUUUCCGUUCAUCUUUGGUCUUGCUUCUUGUGUGCGGUUUAAUUAAGAAUAUUUAUUCUUAAUUAUUGUUGAAAGUUACAAAUUAAUUUGAAAUAAAACAGUAUUACAAAAAUGGCUUUACAUAUACCAAAAGCACCGGGAGUACCCCAGAUGUUAAAAGAUGGGGCGCGGAUGUUUUCUGGUUUGGAAGAAGCUGUUUACCGCAAUAUAAACGCUUGCAAACAAUUUGCACAAAGUGUUCGUUCCGCCUAUGGACCUAAUGGCAUGAACAAAAUGAUAAUUAACCACAUUGAAAAACAAUUUAUAACAAGUGAUGCAGGCACAAUCAUCAGAGAAUUAGAUGUUGAACAUCCUGCUGCAAAACUCAUGGUUUUAGCCAGUCAAAUGCAAGACGCUGAAGUUGGUGACGGCACUAACUUUGUUAUUGUUAUAUCUGGAGCCUUAUUGGAAGCUGCUGAAGAGUUAUUGAGGUUAGGUGUAACUACAAGUGAAAUUGCUGAAGGAUAUGAGAGAGCCUUGGAUAAAUGCCUGGAAAUACUUCCAGAGUUAAUUUGUCAUGAAAUCAAGGAUUGUAAAAAUGUUGAUGAUGUUGUUAAUAGUAUUAAACCAGCUAUAAUGUCUAAGCAAUAUGGAAAUGAAGAAUUUAUAGCAAAACUUGUAGCUAAAGCUUGUGUCGCAAUUCUUCCUGAAAAUACUACAUUUAAUGUUGAUAAUGUCAGGAUAUGUAAGAUCCUUGGUGCUGGACUUUUGCAAUCAGAAGUUCUCUCAGGAAUGGUUUUUAAACGAGAGGUUGAAGGUGAUGUUAUGGGUGCAACUAAAGCUAAAGUUGUGGUAUAUUCUUGCCCUGUUGAUAUCACUCAAACUGAAACCAAAGGAACAGUUCUUAUCAAAUCUGCUGAUGAGCUGCUUAACUUCAGCAAAGGAGAGGAAUCUCUAUUAGAAAAACAGAUCAAAGACAUUGCUGAUGCAGGUGUUAAAGUGAUUGUUGCUGGAGCUAAAUUUGGCGAUAUGGCUCUUCAUUUCCUUAACAAAUUUGGUGUUAUGGCUGUACGUCUCAAUUCUAAAUUUGAUCUCCGUCGUCUUGCUAAGACGGUCAAUGCAACUGUAUUACCCAGAUUAACUACUCCAACAGCUGAAGAAUUAGGUUACUGUGAUACUGUGAGAGUUGAUGAAGUCGGAGAUACCAGAGUAGUUGUAUUCAGUAUGGAAAGCAAUGAAUCUCGUAUUUCCACAGUUGUUAUCAGGGGUUCUACAGAUAACUACAUGGAUGACAUUGAAAGAGCAAUUGACGAUGGUGUAAACACAUUCAAAAACAUUGCACGAGAUGGAAGAUUCCUGGCUGGUGCUGGAGCAACUGAAAUUGAACUGGCUCAACACCUUCUGACCUAUGCUGACACUUUACCUGGAUUGGAACAAUAUGCUGUUCGGAAGUUUGCUGUUGCACUCGAAAGUAUUCCACGUGCCUUGGCUGAAAAUUCUGGAGCGAAUGCUACAGAAGUUAUCAAUAACAUCUAUAAGGCUCACAGGGAGAACAACAAGUUUGCAGGAUUCGAUAUAGAUUCAGAAAAUAAUGGUGUUUGCAAUGCCAAAGAAACGGGUGUUUUGGAUUCAUAUGUUUUAAAAUACUGGGGCCUUAAAUAUGCUGUUGGUGCAGCAACUACUAUUUUAAAAGUUGACCAAAUUAUCAUGGCUAAGAGAGCUGGUGGACCAAAACCCAAAGCAAAGGCUGGAAGUGAUGAUGAGUCCUAAUAAAUUCAAAAUGCC